GCUCUGCAGAUCUGCUCUGCACAUACACUUAUUAAGACCUUGACGCCUGUUGAUCUUGCGGUAGUAUCUGGAAACGGGUAAAGCUUUGGGGGCAUCGUGCGACUUUCUCCACCGAACAGAAGGGUCCUAGACGUUCGGCUUUAUCGAAACGUUUGCCAUGCAUGAUAUGACCUCUAUGCAGCAUAUCUGGGCUUUAGUUGUCCUGUUUGGUUAGGAAAAUUGGAGCCUUCAAGAACUCUUACUUACUGCUGACGAACCGUGAGCAAAAAUGUGGACUUUCUUCAUCUUCUCUAUGAUCCUGGUCUCCGGGGCAAUUCUCUUGCUGUUGCGACGGUACUGUGCGAAAUCGGUCGUAUUUACAGUAAAAGUUACCACCGCGUACGCAUGGCUGACAGCUAUGGCAGUGGUGGCCAUCGUGCCGUUGGAUGUCUUCUCGACGCUGGACAACAAGAAGCCGGUGGAACUGGGCUAUAUGUGGAACGUAGCAUUCUGGUCUACACAGAUCCUUACAUGGUUGUUGCUGCCUUUUUUCCAAUACUACUCGGAUGCCGGGGACUUCACUGUGAAGGGCAAGUGCCUGACCAGCCUGAAGGAAAACGCUAUCCUGUACGGAUCCGUGGCGGCUGUGGGGCUCGUAGGCAUUGCUGCGCUGCUGAUCUCCAAAAAGAUGACGCUGGACGGCCUCGUGGGUCUGGGCAUCGGCCUCUCCAACGCAUUUGGUCUCAUCGCCAGCAUCAUCCUGCUGGGGUACGGCCUGGUGGAGAUCCCGCGCAACAUGUGGAAGGCGGACCCGGAGCGGCAGCUCAAGUGGUGCGCGCACAGGGCCGGCAAGUACGCGGAGGCGGUGAUGAAGAGCACUGCGGAGCUGGAGACGGUGGUGACCAUCAUCGCGGCCAAUGAGCGGCAGAUGCGGCGACACGACCCGCUGAGGAAGUACAUGGACAUUAUAGUGGAGCAUGUGGAGAAGGAGUCUCCCAUCAAGCCCUCCGACCUGGCUGCCCGCGGCGGCGGCCUGGGAGCCGGUCGCAGCGGCGGGGGAGCGGGUGGGGGUCUGGGCGGCAUUGACAUCGAGUCCAUGAACGCGGAGGACCUGGAGUACAACUACGAUGUGGCGGGGCUGGCGGCGCUGAGGAGGCGCAUGUUCUACGCCAUCUCGACCUACAAGGGCGACCGCGCCCUGUACGAGGAGGUGAUGGCGGAGGCGUUCGAGCUGGAGGACGUGGUCAAGUGCCGCCAGCUUGCGGACUUCAGCCCCCGGCAGCCCACUCGCAGCCCCAUCAAGCGGGCGGUGUGGUACUACAAGUGCGUGCUGAGGGCGCACUGGCACAGGGUUCUUGCCGUCAUCUUCGCCGGGCUGUCGCUGCUGAUCGUGUGGGCGGAGGCCACCAUCGUGUCCCCCGUAGACAUCUCGCCGCUGUCGCUGCUGAUCAAGGGCAGCCAGAACAGCGAGUUCGGGGUGCAGCUCAUCACGCUGCUGCCGCUGGCCUACAUCUGCGCCGCCACCUACGCCGCGCUCUUCUCCAUCACCGCCUUCGACUACAACAAGCUCAUCCCGCGCGCCACCAUUGGGUCGGCCUUCAUGCAGAACGGCACGCUGAUGUGCCGCUUCGCCGCCCCCACCUGCUGGAACUUCUACCACAUGAUCCGCAUGACAAGCAGGGAUGCGGGCAGCCCCAGCACGGUGUUUGAGGACAAGAUGGGCUCCAUGGACGUGCCCCGCUUCCUGCGCCAGCACCUGAACACCUACCUGCCCCUCAUCCUGGUGGUGGAGUGCGCCAUCACGGCACUCAACCUGUGGGACAGGAUCAUGGGCAUCUGCGUGUCUUCCAAGUACAAGUUCUCCAACGAUGACGACGUGGACGACACGUACACGGAGAAGGGGCGGCUGCUGGUGGCGCGGGAGCGGGAGGCGGUCAGCAAGGGCUUCGCGCUGGGCCAGGUGCUCACGUCCGCCUUCUUCGAUCUGGACUUCCCGGACAUUGUGGGGGGGCCGCGAAGCCGCCUGCACCAGCAGAAGAAGGGCUUCCUGGGGCUCUUUGGCGGCAACAAACGAGCCAGCCAGGCGCCUCCGCCGCUGCCGCCGCCGCAGCGACCUUCGGGGGCCACUGCCGCCGCUCCCGCUGCGGGCGGCUCCUCGGCGGCUGCGGGCGGCUCCUCGGCGUCGCGCUUCAAGUCGGCUACCGCGGCAGCGGCGGCGGCGCGCUGGCUGGGUCGUGGGACUGGGCUGCCAGACGGUGGAGGCGAGGGGGGCGGUGCUGGCGGCGGCGGGGGGUUGAUGCCCUCGGCGGCGGCGGCGGCCGGACUCGACACGUCGUCGGCCAAGGCGUCGUUGCUGGCAUCUAGGUACGACAAGAGCCCAACUGUGGAGUACGCCACCCCAACUCGUGGCGGGGGUGGCAGCAAGUCGUCAGGCCUCGACGGCAUCUUUGCCGACCUUUCCCCGGGCGCAGGGGCUGCGGCCGGCAGCAGCGGCGGCGCCGGUCUGGGCGGCCGCGGCGGCAUGGGUGGCGGAGCGGUCGGAAGCAACAGCAGGAUUGGUGGCGGGGGCGGCGGUGUUGGCGGCGACUCGGGUGUUCUUCCCACGCAUUCGGAAAAGGACUCGUUGUUAGGCGGUUUCUGGCGCAGCUAAAAAUUGGUUGCCGCAUGCAGACGUGGUUAGUUGCGCGAUUACUAGCGUUUGACAAGCUAAACGUUACGUGUAUCGGGAACGACAGCAUCGCUGGGUUAUGGUGCUUGGCGCGGUUGUCUUUGAUUGGGAGGUAGUCUUGCUUGGAAGGGAGGAUGAGGAGGGCGAGAAGCAGGGAGGGGUUUAGGAUCUACCGGUGGCAGGAGAGGAGUAUUGCUCGAAAGUGGUAUGUGCAUGGUUGAGAGUCUUCUAGGGGUUAGGGUCCUCGGAGAAGCGAGUGUGUUCAGACAUCCGGGGUGUGUGUGCCGCACAUGAUACGUUUCUUGCAGGGACGUACAUGACCACCUGUCAAGAUCUGGAACGGCCUGAGAACACGUGUUACGGGGUUAUGCCCUGACGCUUGAUGAUGGUGUGGUGGUUGAUUGCGACAUGUGGAGAGGGGCUGGGCGGGAGGCUGAGGUGGUAAUGAGGAAACAGCUAACUGACAACAGGGGUGGUGGGCCGCAGGUGCGGUAGCGCGCGUGGGGAGCAGCCCAUGGGCGUUUCAUCAACCUCCUUCCCAACGAGGAGUGAGGGACAGACAGCACACUCGGGGCGUUGCGUGUGUUUGCCGCCGACAUGUAACAGUGUCAAAGUGGACUGUUUCACACGGCCCAUCUGGGUUUUCCUACCGCAUAAGAUUCUUAUUAAG